CUUCCAUGUCACUUUUUGACGAAUUCUAUUUACCUAGUUCGUUUUUUCUUCCUCAAAAUAUCUCGUUUUCAAUUUAUUUGUUUUGUUGGGUGCAACUUCACCUCACAAUUUUUUUUAUGAAGCACCUUUCUGAUUCGUAGAUAUGAGUCGUCUAGUCAUGUGGAUUUGAUUUGGUUAACGUCUAACAUCGACCUUUGAUUGAAAUAAGAACAAAAGAAAGAAUACAUACAUCCCCUUCAUCUUGCACCCAUCCCUUUAUUUUCUAGGGUUUUUUUUUAUUACAUUAGUUUUUUAUAUUUUCUUUCUCUCUCUCUCUCUCUCUCUCUCUCUCUCUCUCUCUCUCUCUCUCUCUCUCAAAUUUUAUUCAUCUGGGUAUGGAAGAAUAUCAACAUGAAAGCAGAUCCACUCCUCAUAGACCAACCAACGCAUCUGUUAAAUCAGAAGCAAGCUCCUCAAGAAUCAAUCACUACUCUAUGUUGAUGAAAGCCAUCCACAAUACUCAAGAAGCUAACAACAACAACAACAACAAUGAUAUGGAAUCCAUGAAAGCUAAGAUCAUCGCUCAUCCUCACUACUCCACCCUCCUACACGCCUACUUGGACUGCCAGAAGAUUGGAGCACCACCUGAAGUGGUUGAUAAAAUUACGGCGGCAAGACAAGAAUUCGAGGCGAGGCAGCAGCGGCCAACAGCGUCCGUAACUGCGCUGUCUAGAGACCCCGAAUUGGAUCAAUUCAUGGAAGCAUACUGUGAUAUGCUGGUUAAAUAUCGAGAGGAGCUAACACGGCCCAUUGAAGAAGCAAUGGAGUAUAUACGUCGUAUUGAAUCUCAGAUUAGCAUGUUGUGUCAGGGUCCCAUUCACAUCCUCAACAAUCCUGAUGGGAAAAGUGAAGGAAUGGAAUCAUCAGACGAAGAGCAAGAUAAUAACAACAGUGGAGGGGAAGCAGAAUUACCGGAAAUAGACCCGAGGGCGGAAGAUCGGGAACUCAAGAAUCACUUGCUGAAGAAAUACAGUGGAUACUUGAGCAGUCUAAAGCAAGAACUGUCCAAGAAAAAAAAGAAAGGUAAACUUCCCAAAGAAGCAAGGCAGAAGCUUCUCACGUGGUGGGAAUUGCAUUACAAGUGGCCGUAUCCUUCUGAAUCAGAGAAGGUGGCGUUGGCGGAAUCAACGGGGUUAGAUCAGAAACAGAUCAACAAUUGGUUCAUAAACCAAAGAAAACGUCACUGGAAACCGUCCGAAGACAUGCAGUUCAUGGUGAUGGAUGGUCUACAGCACCCGCACCACGCAGCUCUAUACAUGGAUGGUCAUUACAUGGGCGAUGGCCCUUAUCGUCUUGGACCAUAAGAGACCGCAUGCAGAUAUCCAGAAGGGUUAGCCAUAUAAUAACAACCUUUUGUUGCCUCUCUCGUUUACAGUUCAUGAUUUCAACUUUCCUUCACAAGUUUGCUACCUAUAGCUUUAUUUUCUUACCCGUAUUUAAUGUCUUAUAUCGUUCAAGGGGUUUGAGACUUCCUAGUCAUUUUCACUUUUUAUUUUUAUUUUUCAUAAUGUUUUAUUUAUAAUAUGUGUUCUAAUAAUGUGUGAAAAGGUAUGUUUUUUUAUGAA